UUCGACCAUCUUAUAAGAAUCCCUCUCCCUCUAUCUCUCUAUACCAUCAAGCACGAAAACUCGUAUCCGUAACACUGUUAGGGUUAAAGAAGUGUCGAUCUUACUUGUUGAACAAGCCUUACAGAGAUAUCUUGAUUAGAAGCAGCCAUGGCAAUUUUGCUUUCUUUGUUUCUUAUCUUCUCCAUGGUUACUUAUUCAAACGCUGCGGUUUGUGUGUGUAAGGACGGAGACGACCAAGCGCUUCAGAAGGUAAUAGACUACGCGUGUGGAUCAGGUGCUGACUGUUCGCAGAUUGAGCAAAAUGGUCCUUGUUUCCAACCGAACACCGUUAAAAACCACUGUGAUGUCGCCGUUAACAGCUUUUAUCAGAAGAAAGCUUCCACUGGUGCAACGUGUGACUUUAACGGCGCCGCCGUAGUCUCCACUUCCCCUCCUUCAAAUGCUUCUAGUUGUUUAUCUAGUUCCGGCUCCACUAGUACUCCGACCACCGGAACUCCAUCCACCGGAAAUCUAACCACCGGAUCUCCAUCUACCAGAACUCCAUCCACCGGAAAUUCAACCUUUGGGAUGCCAACCAACGUCAAUCCCACCACUGGAGUGCCGACUUCAUCUGUAUUCCCUGGAACUACUAUGGGACCCUCAGGGAGCACCGGUUUCGAUCCUAGCUGUGGAGAUGACCUCUCUGUCCAAACAGCGACAGUCAUCGUACUAACCACCAUCGCGGUCGUGGCUUUGCGAGUUUAGGUGUGAGAUCAUCUCAGGCCAAGGGGGUUUACUUGCUAUGGACGGCUUAGAUUUUGCCAACGGUGUGUUUACGUAGGUGAAAAGCUAGAGCUGUUUCUUUUUCUUCCCACUUUAUUUUCUUUCUUUCUGGUUUGGUUUUUUAACUUAGGGUUUGGAUUUACUUUUUAGUAUUUUGUUAUAUAUAAAGUUAAAAUUAAUAAAAUGCUUUUCUUUCUUUCUUUUCUA